CCGUUACCCAGCUGCUGCUGCCUUUCCGGCUGCACGGCUCCCAGCUCUGCAAUGCAGCUCACACAGCUCGUCUGCCGUGUGUGAAUCCCAUCAAUAUUUCAUGGAGCUGCUUCCUCCAGGGGAAGGACUGCUAUCAGCCCUGGAUUUCUGCUGCUCCUACCAGCGCUCUGCUCCUCGCACACAACAUCUGAUUUCCUUCCCUCGGUGGCCAGCACCCAGCAGCCCCCCCUUCCCUCCCUGUUCUGCACUGGUGAAUAUCCCUCUGCCUUCCAGGGGCUUCAUAUCCCACGGGGGCCAAGAGCUCUGGAGUCCCCUCAGGUUCAAAUCCAAGCGCUGACCAGAUUCCACCCCUGGUUGUUCGUGCCCGCUCACUGCAGCGAUGCCCAACGUGUCCCCAGGGCCAAACCAGCAGCUCUGGGAUGGGUGACCAAACCCACCCACACCCUCCAUUGCCCCCCCAAUUCCGUAUCCAGCAGCAGGACCUGCCAACAGCCCAGACUCUGCCUGCCUGGAUCCGAUUUUCCCUGCCCAGCCGCAUCCAGCCCGCAGGUCCCAGCUCGCUCCCGAGCCCAGCAGGAGCCGGCGGGGGGGAGCAGGCUGUGCUGCGAGGACGGGGCUGGAACGGGGACGAAGAAGCAAGAACUCGGGGUGCUGGGCCGUGGGAGGUGGCAGGAGUUUGCCCUCACCAAAGGAUGCUGGAGAAGAACCGACCAGGCACCUGCUCCAAACCCCACGGAGGGCGGAACAGACUCCCGGGAUGGAGCAAGAGGCGAAUCAAUACCCGAAGCCCAGGCUGGAGGGCGCCGGGAAAGCCCGGGACGAGGUUGCUCCGGGAUCACCAGCCUCACACGGGGUGGUUUGUUCCUGAAGAUUCAAGACUGUGGCACCAAUCCCUUGGGAAGUGCCUUCCUGGAGCAGGGAUGGACAUUUCCCCUGGUGUGGAUCCUGUUCAUCCUGGAGAGAGGUGGAUAGAAUGGGCAGCAGAAACACAGAGGACAGGGAUGGAGGGCUGGGAGAGCAGGAUUCGUCUGGGAGCUCCCCUCUGGAUCAGAAAAGUAACAUUUCCCCCCAAGGACGUGAACAACCAGAACUCCGUGGUGCACCAGAUAUGUACAACGAGUUAUUUUCCCUUUGUGUGCAUUUAUAGUUAAACUAUAUAACAGGAUUCACUGAGUCAA